UAAUUAAAUUUUGACCGGAUUUUACACGUGAGGUCCUAAACCAUGAAAAAAAAAACAUAGGUCCCAAAACGUGAAAAGCUUAAAAACUUAGACUCCAUAUUUAUACUUAACUCGUGAAAAAGAGAGCCCACCACUCCCUAGUCGAGUUCCUCUUCAUCUCACUCUCUCUAAUAACAACAAAGAGAAGUAUAAAUUAACAACAUUUCUUUCUGGGUUCCUCCAUUAAAAUCAAACCCACAAUUCAAUUUCCUCUCUCAAUUUGAACAAUGGUGACACUUGUUGUAUCCACUACAAUUGAUCCGGCAUCAAUCGGCCCUGCUUCAGCUCUUUUGGCCAUGCCCGGGUGGUCUCCCGGCCCUUCUUUCGAGGGAUUAAGAAGUUAUGAAAAUGGAGAAGUUAGAAUGUUGCAGCAUGACAAUAGUAUAGUCAAAGAAGACAAUCUCGACGCUCGUUGGGAAGAAUUAACUCAUGAAUGCGUCGAUAAUGUCAUUUUUCUUAGUAAACAUACUGCUGUCACUAAACGCCCUGCUCUUACCAUUCACCCAAUUGGGGUGCCACAUUUGAAAGAAGGGGAUGUAACCCCACAAGGUGGGAAGCCGGGAUGGGCUGCACCUCCUGAUCCUAGAAUGGGACCUUGGAUUCGACAUUUAAGGAGUAUCGCUGAAUCUCGGAAUUUGAUUCCUGAAUUUGAAAUUACCAUGGAGGCUACUCAUCAUGGACCUGUGACAAGUAAGCCGACUAUGUUUCUUGAAAUUGGUAGCACUCUGGAGUACUGGCAGAGAGAGGAUGCUGCUGAAGUCAUGGCUAUAUUGGUCUGGGAAGGGCUUGGACUUGGAGGAGGUUCUCCUGUGGGUAUAUGGGACAGGAAUUCUGACAGAAAGAAAGUUAUUAUAGGGAUUGGAGGUGGUCAUUAUGUACCUCGUCACAUGGACAUAAUUAUGAAAGAAAAUGUUUGGGUGGGCCAUCUGCUCUCUGGAUAUUCCUUGCCAAUGGAUGACCCCGGCCAGUCAAAAGUAGAAGCUGCUAAAUGUAUUGGUGGUACCUGGAAAGAAGCUAUCAGAGCUGCAUAUGAGGCUACUGAAAUUGCUUUUCCUGGAGGAGAAAUUCUGGCUCAUCUUGAUCACAAGAGUUUCAAGGGAUGGCAGAAGAAGGCAAUCACCGCAUUUCUUGAGGAACAGAACAUACAGAUUGGCAAGCCAAAUGAUUUCAAACAAUAGGGCAGUCUGCCUCACAUUGACGUGGACUAGGCUUUUGUACUACAUAGCUACAAUCAAUACUGCAAUUCCUUUAGGGUUGAAGCAAUGUUAGAUUCUCAUUGAUUGUGAAUGAUGUUAUAAGGUAUGGUGUAAACGUUUCUCCAACAUUUCAUUUGUUGGGAAUGGAGGUUUACAACAUACCUUAUUAUAUAGCCAAUAUAGGGAAAAUAAAACCAAAUACGAGUACGUAAUAGAGUAGUUUUUCAAAUUAUGACAAGGCUAAGAACUGAAGCAAUGAUGAUCUUGGAAAGGAAAUAACGCAAUACAUUAUUCUAGCUUCUUCGGGUGUUU